AAUUUUUCAAAAAAAAGAGACACUUUUUGGGUUUUCUGUGUAGCUUUUCAUACUAUCGUAGGCCCAGUUUUACAGUAUAUAAAGUGCUUUUGGAAACCCUAGCAUCUCUUCGCCUCCACUGGUAAUCUCUCUCUCUCUCUCUCUCUCUCUGAAAAUUAGAUCUGAGAGAAAAUUAGGGUUUUGUUUGAUUAUUCGAUUGUUCUAUGCUCUGUAAAGUAAAGUUAUGUUUGUUUGCUUGGAAAAGCUGAAAAAAGAAAAGUAUGACUUUUUGGAUUGAAUAUAAAUUCCAUUUUUUCAGUGUUAGUUAAAUUUUUGUGCGAUUUUUUAUUCACGUAUCAAAUUUUCUUCUUUGUUGGUUCAGAUGCAGAGCAAAGGGAAUGUUAACACUGAGCCUAACACGCUCACAAAUCGCCCUAACAAGUGUUUAUCCUGUGGGGCACCUGUUAAUGCUGAGGGAACUCCUGCUGCUCAUUCUGAAGGGCAUAGUUCUGGUCCCUCACAGCGGGACAAUGAAGGAGCUUCUGGGAGUCGUGGUACGAGGUCAUCUUGGUGGGAUGAUUUAAAAAAUUGGCUCAACCGAUUCCUUGCAAAUCCAGGAUACCUUUUCCUUGUAUUUUUGUUUGCGUUCAUGUCUAUGUUUGCUAUUUUUAUGGCUGUGUUUCUUGGUCUUUUUGUGAUUGUGUAUUUCAAGUGUGUUUCUUGUAGAACUCAAUGAUAUUUUGUAACAGCCCUGCUCCCCCUUUUUCUUGAAUAUUUGGAUGUUAGGCUUUAGUCUCAACUCUAAGACGUUAGGUUUUUAGAGUAAACUCUAUGAUGCCUUUUUGUUUAGUCUCUUGUAUAUCCAUGCUUCAGUCUUGAUUUUACCUGGAGUGGAUGAUACUUUUGUUCUUCUAGCAGUAUUAUUGAACUACAAUUAUUGUUGCA